AUGGCGGCCUACUUGCAGUGGCGGCGCUUCGUUUUCUUCGACAAGGAGGUGGUGAAGGAACCGCUGGGCAGUGAUGGGCCCGCUCCCGGGCCCGCGCUUACCUCUGGGCCGGCUGCUUCCAAGUUCCUCUGCCUCCCUCCUGGCAUCACUGUCUGCGACUCGGGCCGAGGGAGCCUUGUCUUUGGAGAUAUCCUUCACCUGGCGCUGUCGUCCCUCCCCGGGCCCCUGAGGAGACCCCGCUGGGACAGAAUCGGCCCCUCGGAGUGUUCGUGCCACGUGCUCCUUCCUGUAGCUGGGCGCCCGGUGCCGCCGGUGGCCUGA